AUGGAGCACUCAAAGAUGCUGUUUUCAUUUCUUCGUUACUCGCUGCCAGUACUAGGUUUCUCGGUGAUCUGUCUAGGUGCAUUCCUUGUCUCACUCGGUAAUAGUUGCCAAAGUAACAUAGAACUUAUGUUAGCUUACAUACUAAUCAUUGUUGGCUUCCUUCUCGUGUUAGCUGGCAUUUUCUGGAGUACUUUCUAUGGCAUUAAGCAGAAGAGCUUUACUCACUUAAUGAGACGGCAGUGUCGACAAGUUCCUAGACACAGAACGAUACACAUUAACACUGUGGACAGACCUAGCUUUUACCCUCCUACUUAUGAAGAGAGCAUCACAGUUACCACAUGGUCUAUGCCAGUAUCAGCCAUCCCUGAAGAUGAAGGUCUGUGCAACAUACCUCCCCCGUUAUACAGCGAGACUGCUUCAGUCAUCCUGGAUGAAACUUGCAACAGGGAGGAGCUUCCACCACAGUAUGAUGAGUGCAUGCAACAAGUUCUUACUGCUCCAGUUCUCAGCAGUGGGGAACACUGA